AUGGUAGCCGUGAAGAAACUCCAUCUUCUCCACAAUGGCGAGAAUAAUUUUCAGAAGGAAUUCUUCAAUGAAAUAAGAGCACUAACUGAGAUACGACACCGGAACAUUAUGAAGCUUCAUGCUAAAGAACUAGGGUGGAGUAAAAGGGUGAAUAUUGUUAAAGGUUUAGCUCAUGCCUUGUCCUACAUGCACCACGAUUGCUUGCCACCAAUUGUACAUCGUGACAUAUCAAGCAAGAAUGUUUUGCUGGAUUCUGAAUAUGAGGCCAGUGUUUCAGAUUUUGGCACCGCAAAGUUUUUAAAUCCAGACUCACUAAUUGGAGUGCUCUUGCAGGCACGUAUGGAUAUAUAG